AUGGUAUCUGACGAAGCUUGGGAAUACCAGUGCCGUCCCGUUCUUGCGGGUUACGAGGGCAUUGUGGAAGAAGCACCGUUGCCGAGGCUACCUCCGCAGAUGACGAGGUCAGAGGGCAGGGGCCUAACUGCGUGCUGCCGCCCAGCUGUCCCCUCGGAGCGACAUCUCCCGGGGAGGAGGAGUGGCGACAGGGCAGGUGAAGUAUCCGGCGUUGAUCGGGUAUUUAUCAAAGGUAACACUGCAAGAGCUUUGGAAAUUACCGAUGAAUCUCCAACUCGCGAAUAG